CCGCAGUGAACGGGAAGCAGUGUUGAUUUAUUUUCAAACAAACAUGAUAAUUAAGACAAUAUCAGCUUGAAGACGACAUUGGGAGCAUACCGGACAUGAAAAACACACAGAUAGCUGCAGAGAUGAUUCUGCCAGACUCUUCUCAUGAGGAGGAGGAAAACAAAGCUCCUGCUAAAGCCAAAAGGAGCAAACCUGAGGAGGAUGAAGGGGAGGAGGUGGUCUAUCACCCAGUGAAGCUGUCCCGCAGUGAUCUGUACAGACCUCCGACAGCAGAGGAGCUGAACCAGUUGAAAGAGGCUGAGAGCCUGUUUCAUUGCAGCCUGCUGAAAAUGCAGAUGGAAGAGCUGCUGAAAGAAGUUGCCCUCAGCGAGCGCAGGAAAGAGCAAAUCGAUGCCUUCGUUCAGAUACUCACCAAGCUGCUCCAGACUGUGCCACAAUCCCCAGAAGUUGAGGUGAGUGACCUGUCAUGGCUGUCUGGUGCAGUUAAGGUCCCUUUCCUCCUGGUUCCCAAAUCACCAAAGGGUAAGUUCCACAUGGCACCUCCGGCUUCUGUUGACCUGAUCGGCAGCUAUCCCCUGGGUACAUGCACCAAACCUCGCAUCAUGGUGGACCUGGCUGUCACAAUCCCAGCUGAUAUUCUCCACCCGAAGGACGUCCUGAACCAGAGGUAUCCCAGGAAAAGGGCUCUCUACCUGGCAGGCCUGGCUCAGCAUCUCACAUCCUCCUCUGAAAUUGGAACCAUGCACUAUUCUUGUCUCCAUGGGAAUCGACUUCGGCCCGUUCUCCUGCUGACCCCUCCAGGUAAAGAGUCUUCCAUCUUCACUGUACGUGUUCAUGCCUGUCCACCUCCUGGUUUCUUCAAGCCCAGUCGUUUCCACCCGCAGAGGAAUAACAUCAGGACAGAGUGGUACACUGGGUUGCAGGCCUCACAGUCGUCUGAGGGCGAUGAACCUCCUACUCCACAUUACAAUAGCUCUGUUCUGGGGGAUCUUCUGCCCAGGGCUCACCUCCAGUUCCUUUCUGCAGUCAGCUCUCAGUGCUCAGCUUUUCCUGAUGGGGUGGCUUUGCUCAAAGUCUGGCUCCAUCAAAGAGAGCUUGACCAGGGCACAGGUUGUUUUAAUGGCUUUCUGGCUUCGAUGCUUUUGGCAUUUCUGCUGACCACACACAGAAUCAGUAACACCAUGACAGCCUAUCAGUUGCUUCGAAACAGCUUGAACUUCUUGGCAUCUACAGACCUGACAGAGAAUGGAAUUAGCCUAGCCAGAGAUCCUGACUCUACAGCUCCGUCACUGGCAGACUUCCACAACGCCUUCCAAGUCGUGUUCGUCGAUCCCUCCGGACAUCUCAAUAUGUGUGCUGAUAUGACUGCUUGUACCUACAAACAGCUGCAGCAUGAGGCGUCUGUGUCGAUGCAGUUCUGGGACGACCCUACAGUGGACGGGUUUCACAGCCUCCUCAUGAUCCCCAAACCCAUGAUAAGGACCAGCGACCAUGUCUUUCAGUUGUGUGAGCCAGCAAAGCUUCAGUACAGCUGUAAGAAAAUGAAUCUCCUCAGUGAGCUGAUGGACCACAGUGGAAACUACGUCCACACUGCGCUGCCUUUUAUCCUGUCUCUGCUUCAGCGAGGAUUUGGCCAAAGAAUCAGCCUCCUCACCCACUCUCUUUCUCCUGAGCCUAAGUGGUCUGUGGAGAGUGAAGCCCCAAAGCACAAAGCUCAACCUCCUCUCUCCUUUGGCUUAAUGUUAAGGCUGGAGCUGGCAGCCUCUGUCCUGGAAAGGGGGCCUCCUGCAGACAGCCCCAAGGCGGCUGAGUUUCGUCAGCUGUGGGGUUCUCGCUCUGAGCUGCGUCGCUUCCAGGACGGUGCCAUCACUGAGGCCGUGCUGUGGGAUGGACAGAGCAUGUACCAGAAACAACUGGUCCCCAAACAGAUCGUCACACACCUGCUACAGCUGCAUGCAGAUAUCCCCGAAUCCUGUGUGCGAUAUGUGGGGGCGAAGAUGGAUGACGUCAUCAAAGUAGGACGUGAGGUGCCUAGUACUGGAGAGGAGGAGAGUUUAAUGGUGAUUCAGUCCUAUGAUGACCUGAGCAGGAAACUUUGGCAGCUGGAAGGUCUGCCUCUCUCCAUCACAUCAGUGCAAGGAGCCCACCCUGCACUCAGAUACACACAGGUUUUUCCCCCUCAGCCGCUGAAGAUGGACUAUUCCUUCUUUGACAAAGAAAGGUUUUCCCGGGCAUUGAUGCCAAAGGAAGGCAAACCCUGCCCUGCUUACGUCACUCCCAUCACAGUGAUCUGUCACAUGGAGGGGAGUGGAAAGUGGCCUCACGACCGCCUCGCCAUCCGCCACAUCCGAGCCGCCUUCCACAUCCGCCUGGGAGAGUUACUCAAGAAGCACCAUAAUUAUACGUACAAGGCCAACCCCGCACACCUUGACAUCUGGAAGGAUGGCUUGGUGUUCCGCAUCCAGGUGGCAUACCAUCGUGAGCCCCAGGUACUGAGGGAGAGUGUGACUGCACAGGGGUUGCUGGUUCUAAGGGACAACGAGGAGGCUCAGACCCUGGAGAUGGCCACCAUACACAGGCCUCUACUAACCAGCACAUUGCAUGGGCUCCAGCAGCAGUACCCAUGUUUCGGGGCAGUGUGUCGCCUGGCUAAACGCUGGCUGGGGGCUCAGCUCUUCAGCGAAGACAUCACAGAGGACACAGCAGACCUGCUGGUGGCGUCGCUCUUCUUGCAGCCUGCACCAUUUACUCCUCCUGGUUCUCCUCAGGUGGGCUUCCUUCGUUUCCUUCAUCUGCUCUCCUCCUUUGACUGGAGGAACAACCCGCUGAUAGUCAACCUCAACAACCAGCUCACAGCCCCAGACUACACAGAGAUCAAGAAUGACUUCAUGGCCUCCAGGGAGUCUCUGCCUGUCAUGUUUAUAGCUACGCCUAAAGACAAAAAACUGUCUAUGUGGACCAAGCAAGCUCCUAGUGUACAGAUGCUGCAACGUGCAGUGAUGGUGGCUGCAGAGAGUCUUAAAGUGCUGGAACAUCAGCUGAUGGAUGGUGGCCAGAUACAGGAUGUCAGGGUACUCAUGCGUCCUCCUCUGGAUGCCUAUGAUGUGCUGAUCCACCUGAACCCCAAACAGGUACCCCUGCUAAGCCAGGCAGUGGACCCUCCUGCUGUCACCUUCAGCAGGGGUAUCAUGACUGGCAAUGUAGCUCAGUCUGGAGGGUCACUACCUGUCAUCGACUACAACCCUGUUUCCCUCUACCUGGCAGAGCUCAGGGAUGCGUUUGGAGACCUGGCUCUCUUCUUCUGUGACCCUUAUGGUGGAACAGUGAUUGCUGUUUUGUGGAAGCCAAACGCCUUCUCUCCAGUGCCCUUCAAGACGUCUCAAGUGUCUGCACGAAAUGUCAAGGUGACUGGGGAUGAAGCAACAACUGUUCCCAAUGUUGAAGCAAUAUUGGAGGACUUCCAGGUGAUUGGAAAAGGUUUGGUAAAAUCUUUGGAGGCCAGGACUGAAAGAUGGUCGGUCUAAUAACACAGAUGUGAGCACACUUGCCUCUUUCAAUAUAUACAUUGUAUUUUAGUAUUUGACAUUUCCACUUGGGUUAACAAAACAAAGGUGUACCUUUUUUUUGUUUUAUUUCUGACUGACUUAUCAA